ACUCUUGAAGCAAUGGUACUCUGAUGCACCAAUGCAAAGGAAAGUGGUGCCAUUGCUUACUGAGGGGAGGGGAAGAAUACAGGUUUCAGUUCUCCACUACGGCAGUGCAAUGCUUAUUUUUGUUUAUUCCAGUGAAAAUUGAAAACCUCCCCUUGUUUGACAUUCUGCCACACCUACAGCCCAUUAAGGAAAAAGGCUAUGGGGCAUCAGAGUAUAUGAUAUAGCUCUUUCGAUUGCUUUACAUGUUACUGCCAACUUUUAUAGUUUGGCAUCAACAACCAACUAGCUAGUAGUCAAUGGAGUAAAAGAGACUUUGGGAGCAAGUCAGAAGCGUAAUUUCUUUGAGCAUUCUUCAUAAUCAUAUUCUUCUUUUGUUGUCAAGUAGUUUUCACCUAUUACUGUUCUGUUUGUUGCUUUGUCCAUUGCAUUGCCUCCUGACUGCAUUUCAGGUUAUGUAGUCAUAAAUUAUCAUAUACACUGAUAGGGUUAAGAACAAGAUAUCAGCUAAUUUUCAUUGGUGGAGCAAGGUACUGAGAAACAAGGAGAGUUGAGAUUUGAAGAAAUUCAAAAUCAGUUUUGAAUGAAGACUGAGGCUGGAGAUGGGACCGGCCAACAUGCUAUCUUCAGCAUUGAUAUGUUUCUAGAGGUAACACAUCUCUUUCUGUAUCCAUGCUCUUUCAGGGAAUUGCAAGCGGUUACAAGUACUCGAUGCUCAAUCUCAAAGGUGGGAAAUAGCCACUUCUUUUUGAAAGGCAAAUGCAGAAAGAAGAGAUAAAGUAAAGGAUGUCAUUCUCAGAAGAGCAGAGAAACUUGUGUCUGAAGGCUAUAUGCCACCCCCAUUCCAUUUGCCAGCCACGGGAAUCAUGAUUAGUCUUGCGUUGAUUUGCUUCGAAGCAGCACUAUCUCACUUUCCAGGACAUCUUUAAGCUGAACAAUCUCCAUAACCCUUCAUGUGCGUAUUCUCGCAACAAAAAACAUUAUAUCCCCUGGGCUUCAAGAAUUUCACAGACGCGCAAAUCAAUCUGAACACUGAAAAGUGAAACAAAUGGCUUCGUUUCUUCUUUUUUUUUUCAGAAAAUGCUUGUGACUUGCGAGUUACUCAUUUCAUCUGAUCUACUAGCGUACCGUACCGUUUAUUUCUUCUGAUCAACUAGUGUACUGUAUCGUCAUUAAAAAAAAAAUCUAGUGUACUGUUCAUUGCUUUUCCUUGCAGGCUGACAUUUCGCUUGGUUACCGCAUGAUGGCGCCCUGUCAAAUAUAAGUACGACAAUGGUGAUGUGUACCCAUCUCUGAUUACUCUAGAAUUGUCGUAACUUUCUGCAAAGGUGGUUGCAACAACUCUUCUCAGGUUUCGCGUCAUUCUUUGCAAUAAAAAUGCCCGAAGACCUGGUUGCAAGCAAGUGCCAGGAAGCGACCAUGGCACAAAGAAAUAUUCGGUCCGGCCGUGACAUGGAAUGAAACUGUAUUCUAUACCCUGAUCCCCAGAGGGAUUUUGAAUCGUCACCUAACCGGUCGUUUUCAGGACGUCUGCGUGAAGGAGCGUGUCCGGACUGCCAAGCUGAAACCUGAAUUGGCCCGGAAGGUUUCAAACUUCGAUGGAGGGAGGAACACCAGAACUCUGAACAAAGUGAUAAGCUCAAGUGUCAGCUUCAGAUUUGGUGCCAUCUUCAGGUGGAGUGUCCUUAAACCUGUGACUUGAGUACUGGUGGUGGAGGAGCAUUACCAUCUCUAGGCAAGGGCGUGUAUGUCACGUGCGGGCCAUGAGACCAGUGUGCGGAACGGUAGGUACGCGGCACGUGCCCCAGGUGUACAAACUCAGCUCCAGUACGUACAGCCCCUGCAGGGUGAGACCCAGAAAAGGUGGCAAAAAAAUAAAGGGGAGCUGAUGGAUUAAUAUCUGGGGGUGGGUUUGGUUGCCCCCUUUGUCCUCGUACGAUUAGACUAGUGGUAGAAGCAGCCUAGCUCAUCAUCACUGCUUGGCGUGGCCGUUAAGUGCAAGCACUGUGCGGCUGCUUCGUCUUCUUCCACCUCGCGGCCAUAAACACGCGCGAGAAGCUCGCUGACCAUGUGAAGCGGACGACUCUGCUUUCCUCUCGAUUGUUUCCAGCGGGCCGCCGCCGUCUUGUUACCUCCUUUUUCUUUGCGGUGAUUCUCCGUUUCCCCGGGUUUUUGCGUGCUCGGCAGAGGAGAAACGGCAUGCCGCCGGCGAGGUUGCUCGGGAUCUCCAUCUUCUGCUUGCUUCUCGUCAGGAACUCUGAAUCUUUUUCAGAUGACGUAUCUGCGCUUCUUGCGUUCAAGAGAGCCAUCUACGAGGACCCUCUGUCCAAGCUGUCGGACUGGAACUCCAGGGACAAGGAUCCCUGCACAUGGUCCGGUGUCGGGUGCUCGGCGUUCAACAGCCGCGUGGUUACUCUAGAGUUGUCGAAUUCAUCUCUCCAAGGAUUCUUGGCACCAGAAAUCGGAUCCCUGAGAUAUUUGCAAAAACUCGUGUUGGAUCACAAUACAUUCCUGGGCUCAAUACCAAAAGACACCGGCAAGUUAAAGAACCUGAUCGAGCUGAACCUUAGCAGCAACCAACUUGUGGGGCCCAUUCCCAGUGAGAUCGGUGACAUGCCAAAUAUCGCAAAAAUAGACCUUCACGCAAAUCGGUUGGAUGGCGCUAUCCCUCCUGAGCUUGGCAAGUUGGGAAGCCUCCUUGAGCUACGAUUGAGCAAUAACCGCCUUACAGGGACUAUUCCUGCAAGUAAUGAUUCGAACAUGGAAUCAACCAACAGUAAUGACCAAAUUGGAUUGUGUCAGUUAUCUCAGCUAACCGAUAUUGACCUCUCGUAUAACUUUUUGGUUGGAGAUAUUCCGACAUGCUUAAAGCAGAUCCAAAGAUCAAGCUUGGUAGGGAAUUGUUUCCAGGACAAUGACACAUCAAACCGUCCACUCCAGCAAUGUGAAAUUAAUCAGGGCACAGGCAAAGACAACCAUACUGAUGAGAAUGAGCAGAAAGGCCUGCCAGAGCCACUUUGGCUUCUCAUUCUGGAAGUCAUCGCAGCAGUUUCGUUCCUUUGUUUGUUGACACUUUGUACCAUCACUGGCCUCCGAAGGUGCAGAGCUAGAUCCUCAGGGUCCGGGAACAGUGCUCCAUGGACAAGAGCCGUGAGCUGGAAGGAGAACACCGUAAUAUCAAUUGAUGAUGAUCUCCUGGUAAAUGUGCCGAAGAUAAGCCGGCAGGAGCUUGCAGAAGCUUGUGAAGACUUCAGCAACAUAAUUGGAUCUUCUCAUGAGACAGUCGUGUACAAGGGAACUCUGAAGGAUGGCCAGGAGAUCGCUGUUGUGUCCCUGUCCGUUUCAGUGCAUUACUGGAAUGACUAUGUGGAGCUGUACUUUCAGAAGGAGGUGAUAGAAAUGGCUAGGCUGAGCCAUGAAAAUAUUGCCAAGCUGGUGGGAUACUGCAAGGAGUCUGAGCCGCUCUCGAGAAUGCUGGUCUUUCAGUACCCACCAAAUGGGACACUCUAUGAGCAUCUUCACGAUGGGGAAGGGUGGCAGCUAUCUUGGCCCAGACGGAUGAAACUAGCACUGGCCAUUGCGCGUGCUCUCAGAUACUUGCACACCGAGUUGCAACCUCCGUUUGCUGUUGCUGCACUGACGUCCAGUUCAAUCUACCUAACUGAAGAUUACUCACCAAAGAUAAUCGAUUUCGAGAGGUGGAGAUAUCUUGUGACCAAACCAGGACUUGGCUCCGUAAAUGGCGGGCCUGUCAACAGCAUUACGGAUUCUCGGCACAAGCGCUUCAUGGACGUCCAGGCAAACACCUUCGCGUUCGGGGUGAUCCUGCUGGAGCUGAUCAGCGGCAGAGCCUCGGUUUCCAAAGAUACAGGGGACCUGGUGGACUGGGCAAGGAAGCACCUGGAGCACCCCGAGGAGUUCAGCAAGUUGGUGGACGAGAGGCUGCAGAGGCAGAGCGUGAACCAGGAGAGCCUGGGCAUCGUCUGCAACGUGGUGAACCUGUGCAUCGACCCGGAGCCGUCGCGCCGGCCCUCCAUGAGCAUGAUCGCGGCCAUCCUGGAGGAAGGCAUCGAGACAUCAGCGGCCACCUUAAUGAGGGACUCGUCUCUGGCCUGGGCCGAGGCCGAGCUGGCCAUCUCCUAGAUGCCCUUCGCUCGUCUGGCCCUCCAUGUAGUUGCUUGACAGUAAUGGUUUGACCCAUUGUUACUCCAUUUGGCAUUGUAAUGAUUUUUGUCUUGAGAAGGAAUGGCACAAAGAUCUGAAUUGAAAAUGACUCGCCUUUUUUAUU